AUGACAGACAAGACAAUGUCUAGUGCGACAGUACACCUUAGCAUUCCUGGAGAUUGGAAACUUUGGUACAAGCAUAUGCUAGAAUAUGCAAAGGACAAGAAGGUAUCAGACUUCAUCAAUCUUGAUAAACCUGAUAUCUUCUCUGAACUAGAAGAACCUCUGGAACCCGAGUGUCCAGAAGAAGCCACCGCGGAGGCCAAGAUAGCAUAUGACAUCAAGGUCACUGCAUGGAAAAUCAAAUAUAUGAAAUAUGAGAAAUUGAAUGAAGGUAUGACAAAGAUACAAGAUGUCAUAUGA